AGCGGAUCUGCAGCCAUUAGUGCUGAUUGUGCCGCGGCAUCGAGAUGUGGUGGCUCCUUCCGCUCUGGCUGAACGUCGUUUUGGGCCUUCUGGGCACCUUCCUGGGCGUAGCUUAUUACUUCCUGACCAGCGACUUUGACCACUGGAAGAAGAAGGGUGUCAAGUAUGCCAAAGCUGUGCCCUUCUUUGGAUCCCUCGUCCGGUCAAUGACUCUGCAGGACCACCUUGUGAAUGACCUGGAUCGUAUUUACAAGGAUUUCCAGGGUGAAAACUUUGUCGGUUUUUUCCAGGGCCGAACAGCAUCCAUUCUAGUUAGAGACCCCGAGCUUAUCAAGGAAAUUCUUGUUAAGGACUUUUCGCACUUUUACAACCACGGAUUCAAGAUCCACGAGGAAGCAGACCCCAUGCAGGCUAAGAGCCUCUUUAACCUGAAUGAUCAUAAGUGGAAAGAAAUGAGGAGCAAAUUGUCCCCUACAUUUACCUCGGGAAAAAUUAAAAUGAUGACUCCUUUAAUGGAGGAAGUCAGCCAGAAUUUCAUAGCUCAUUUGGAUAAAAUAUCAAAAUCAGGGAAACCAUUUGAAACAAAGGAUCUGGUGUCUCGGUUCACGACCGAUAUCAUAUCAAGUUGUGCGUUUGGAGUGAAAAGCAAUGCAAUUGAUGAUCCCAACACUGAGUUCAGGGUCAUGGGCAGAAAGCUGGUUGAGAUGGAUUUUUUCAAAGCUCUCAAGACCUUUGUUAUUUUGUUUUUGCCAGAAGUUGGUAUGUCACUUAGGCUAGCAUUUACGGAAAAAGUUGUGGCCGACUUCUUCCGAAAAUUGGUUCACGAUGUGAUGGAAGUAAGAAAGAAGACGAAUUUAGUUCGGAAAGAUUUUAUGCACCUGCUAAUCGAACUGAAAGAUAAGGGAUCGAUUGCGAGUGAGGGCGCUGAGGACGAGAAAGAAAUUAAGGAGUUAAAUGGGUUUGGAACAACGAUAUCAACCAACACAAUAAAGCUAACGCAUGACGAUCUGACAGCUCAAGCUUCAAUAUUUUUCUUUGCUGGCUUUGAAACUUCGUCGACUUUAAUUUCGUUUGCUAGUUUGGAGCUUUCCGUGAACAAAGAGGCGCAAAAGAAACUUCAGGCUGACAUUGAUCAGGCCUUAAAAAAUCACGGAGGAAAACUCUGUUAUGAUGCUUUGAAAGACAUGAAAUACUUAGAUGCCGUCGUUCAAGAAACUUUGCGCAAAUAUCCACCUGCAGUUAAUAUAAUGCGAAUCUGCACCAAAAACUACAUCAUACCGGGCACCAAAGUGCAAAUUGAUGAGGGAACGCCACUGAUCAUUCCAGCUUUUUCUUUGCAAAAUGACCCAAAAUACUUCCCGAACCCUGAGAUGUUUGACCCUGAACGUUUUAUGGACGAAGACGCGUUGCACAAGUAUCAGUAUUUGCACAUGCCCUUUGGAGAGGGUCCCCGUAUGUGUAUUGGCAAUCGCUUUGCACUGGUCCAGUCAAAAAUGGGAAUCGCUUCUAUUUUCAGCAAGUUUGACGUUUCUAUAGCAAGCAAGACGAAAUAUCCACCGACUUUUGACAAGCAGUUGUUCAUUUUAGCAGCUGAAGGUGGAAUUUGGUUGAACGUGAAUCCACGCAGGGAAGAAUAGACUUCAGUGUAUGGAGCAAAAAGCAGCAUUCAAAUAAAUAAAAAUUGUCAUUUUGAUGCAAUAUUAAAAAUUGAUUAUUAAUAUAUUUUAAUUUCAAAGCAAA